ACUGUGAUACAAAUAUUUAAGAUCAGUGUAAGAAGAAAUUGGAAAACCUAACAAAUUAGUGUUCGUGUCCUAAAUCAUUAUGUGGAUUAUACACCCUGUCUUCAUUAUUAUAUCCUGUUUGUUUCUCAGUGUGCUGGAAGCAACAUCUGCAGCUAAUAUGGGAGCCGCUGCAAACAGCUCCACUACAAAUGGGAAUGAAGAAGCUUUAACAAAGGUGAAUCAGCCUUCAAGCAGAGGAGACACAGUUUGUGCCGAUCUUAAUCCUUUGGUGUAUGGCAUAAUCUCUUUCCUUGCUGCCAUGGUUCUCAUACUCCUGAUACUUGUGUUUAAAGCAUUCAGUGCACGGCAUGGUGGCAUUACAGGAGACACUAUCCACAUGAAUACUGAGAGAGGAGAAUCAUUGCCUUUGAGCCAGAAUAAUGCAUUAAAUGUUUGCCCUCCUUCAAACAACUGUGCAGAUGAUUCAUCCUCUACUAGCUCUGAGAGCUCAGAAGGCUCGGUUGCAGAUCUUUGCUCUAGUUCUCAGAGAUAUGUGAGUCCCCAAGGCCGUCGUAAGACUUCUGACUACAUAAAUGUUUCAGAGGGUACUUCAUCUGGAAGAGUGGACUUUAAGACAGAAAAAACAGGCAAGGGCUAUGUAAAUCUCAAAGAACCCCGAAAAAAGGUCACAAAAGAAGGCAGGGAGAACUGUGAUGAUGGCAGCAAUGCAAGCGAUGAGUCUGUAGUGAAUUACUCAACAGUUGUCUUUACUAAGUAGACAAGUAAAAAUAGGUUCAAAUGAGAUUUCUUUAAUAUUUCAGUUGAUUCUCCUAGACAGAAAUGAGCAAAUGGAGACUUUUCUUUCAAGGUGCACUCAGUAUUGUUAUCCUCAUUAAAAAAGUUUUGCUCAUAAAGAAAUGUUAAAAGGGGUCAUGAAAUGGAGAAUCAAAUUUUCCUUGAUAUUUAGACAUAAAAGAGGUAACUUUACUAUAAAAACAUACUGUAAAUUUCAGAACUCAAAACUUCCUCUCCAGUCUAAAAAGAGCAUUUUUAGUUGCCACCCAGCUGAAACAUCUCGUUUUGAAAUCUGUCUGUUCAUGACAUCAUGACACAUUGCUCAUUUGUAUUUACACAUCUCACAACAUGUGUCAUCGUACUCUUGGCCCUUCCCACUCGCAACUCAAGUCAAGAGACAGGCCUUGUAUGGCUAACUAUUCCUAACAUAACACCUAAGGGGACCCAUCUGGACUAUUUUGGAUUACUUUUGAAUAUAUUCAUGCACUAUACAGACUCUUUGACCGCUUGAUACAUAUAUCAUACCAAUUUUAAAAGACAUGGUGUCAAAUUACAACUCUGAAAGGGAGAAGCAAUUCUCUUUCAUUGAGCUGCUGCCUCUUGUUUAUUUGAGCACAAAUGCAUCGUGGAUGCAUUCUUUCGCCCAUCUGCGCUAUUUUUAAUUGUUGGUGUAUGUAAACAUAGGAUGUCUUUGACGAUGGACAAUGGACUUCUUCGACCAUGUUUCCGCCUCAGUGCGCCUUCAGUAUGUAUGUGCAUAAUUUCAUCGUGCUUUGGACUAUGUAUGUUUUUUUUGUUUUUUUUUUUGGCUCAUGUCAGCAUGGAUUGCUUGUGAACAGAAAAAUACAAUUCAAGCUUUGCAAAGGAAGUGUUAUUGAAGGAGGGGGCAGUUAAAAACACUUCAAAAAUGUAAGUAAACCAUUUAAUUCAUGAAUAUCUCAAAUGUCAUGUCAUGGCUGUUUGAUAGUUUAUGGUGCUGAGUGUUAACAGUUGUGCUUGAGAUUAACAGUUUAAUAUAUUCAGAUGCAAUGUGCUGGAUGUGCAUUAUGUGUAAACACUGAACACUUUUAUAACGUUGAAGGGCGUAUUCAUUCUCUUCUGAUUAAUUUGCUGAAUCGGAGGGGCUGCAUGAUGUUAGCCAAUCAGAACAGUGGGUGUUUACAUUGAAGUUUUACGGAGGCGCUUAGGCCAAAACCGAGAGUUUCAGACAGAGGGCCAAAAACAGAGUGGAAAAUGAUCAUAUAUUACUAAAUUGUGACUGUUUUGGUGCAAAAAAAAACUUUCAGAACAUUAUCAAUGGACCUCAGGGAAGAUAAUAAAAUUAUAGAAAAUAGCACUUCAUGACCCUUUUAAAUGUUUAAAAUCACAUACACUCACAUU